CUCUGUAUCCCAAGAUGCAUCUUUGACCUUCAGUGGGCGGAGACUGAAAUGUCAAGCAUGGCGUCUGGGAUCCUCGCGAAAGCGAUCAGUGGACUCAGAUGCCCUCGUUUUACCGCAGCUUCGCUGUCUUGUAGCGGGCAAGCAUACAGCACAGCAGCUUUACCAAAGGCAGUGGUAACUCCAAAUGACAUUACAGUUGACUCAGACAAGCUCCUGAAUGUCCCGCUUAGCCACCCAGACUUCUUCCGUGUGUCCGAACUCUUCAGCCUGAAGGACCUGUUUGAAGCCCGUGUUCACCUUGGUCACAAGAAAGGAUGUCGGCACAGGCUAAUGGAACCGUACUUGUUUGGAAGCCGCCUGGAGGUCGACAUCAUUGACCUGGAGCAGACAGUGGAACACCUGCAGCUGGCGCUCAACUUCACGGCACACGUGGCCUUCCGUGGAGGCGUCAUCCUGUUCAUCAGUCGGCGGCGGCAGUUUGGCCACCUGGUCGAGCGCACGGCCCGAGAUUGUGGCGAGUACGCUCACACACGCUACUGGCAAGGAGGCCUGCUCACCAACGCCGCUAUCCAGUAUGGCCCCGGCGUGCGACUGCCUGACCUAGUGGUCUUUUUGUCCACGCUCAACAACGUAUUCCAGCCCCACACGGGGAUCCGAGAUGCGGCCAAGAUGAACAUCCCGACCGUUGGCGUCGUGGACACCAACUGCAACCCCAGUCUCAUCACCUACCCAGUGCCGGCCAAUGAUGACACCCCUGCCGCAAUGGAGCUCUACUGCCGGCUGUUCAAGAUGACCAUCAACAGGGCCAAGGACAAGCGGAAACAGCUGGAGCUGCUCAGAGGCGUGGGGCCUGCUGCAUCCAAGUGAACCACACGGUUUCAUAGCCAAUUAUGAGCGAAAUGACUUCAGCGCAAUGUGGUUCUUGUAGCUCUGAACCCAUUGCAUCAGCAUGAGCAAACAACAUGGUACCAUACCACUUAUGCUUAAGCAACUCGGCACACCACAUCACUCAACACACACAGCCCAAGAUAAUAUUCAGCAGGUUGAUCUCAACCUGCCUCAAAAUAUUAUGGACUGUCUGCUAAGCAGUGUACAAAUGAUUGGUUGUCUUUGUUUUGUCAGAGAAUAAAGAUUAACAAGUGGACUAAA